AUGGACGGACCCGAUCUGUCGGGUUUACGACCACAGGUGGCCUUGUCUUCCGGCCAUCCUCCUCCUACUGCUGACUCCUCUUCUCACCACCCCCCGGCCAAGAAGAAGUCAAGGAGGGGCGGGGACCCGUCCAGUCAAAAACGCCGAUGCGUGAGCACUGCAUGCAUAGCCUGUCGUCGCAGGAAAUCGAAAUGCGAUGGCGCACUACCCAGUUGCGCCGCCUGCGCAAGUGUAUACGGUACCGAGUGUGUCUACGACCCUAACUCGGAUCACCGCCGAAAAGGAGUUUAUAGAGAGAAGAUCGACAGCAUGAAGGCGCGGAAUUCCACUCUCCAGAUCUUAAUCGAAGCCAUCCUUAAUGCAGACGAAGAUGAUGUCCUAGAAGUAGUCAAAAGAAUACGGACCUGCGAUAGUUUAGACGCCGUAGCCGAGUCGAUACUCAAACAGGAAGAGUUCGGCAGUGUAGGAAUUGAUGAAGAAGAUCAGAUAGAGACCGAUUAUACCACGGAUAUGCCCAUCGAGGGUGAGAGGGACCUUGCCCGGAAGAUGGGGGAGCUACGGCUGGAGAACGGCUCGACGCGUUUCAUCGGUGGUACGUCCCACCUAAUACAUUGGGAUAUACAUGGGGCGCCUAAUCCGGAAUACGAGUCUCGAAAUACUGUUGGUGCAGCUGAUAUAGAUCCUAUCACGAGUUGGUCUGAUGUAACCAAGGAUCCAGAAGUUGUUAGGCAUCUUCUCGAUAUGUACUUCAACUGGCAUUAUCCGUACUUUACUACGCUAUCGCGGACUCUGUUCUAUCGCGAUUUUUUAAGGGGGAGAUCUAAUAUCUUACCGAAUAAGGUUGCAUAUUGCUCGCCUUUAUUAGUAAAUGCGAUGCUUGCUCUGGGAUGUCAUUUUACCGACGCUGCCUGCGCCUUUGGCACGAAUGGAGAUAGCUGGACCAAAGGAGAUCACUUCUUCGCCGAGGCUAAGAGGUUGAUUGUUGACAACGACGAGUAUGAGAAACCUCGGUUAACGACGGUUCAGGCUUUGGCUCUUAUGUCCGUCCGAGAGGCGGGCUGUGGUCGAGAAGCUAAGGGCUGGGUCUAUAGCGGGAUGAGUUUCAGAAUGGCGCAGGAUCUAGGGCUCAACCUGGAUAUUGGCGGCAUCAAGAGCGAUAACGAGAAUCUAGACGAGCAGGAGAUAGACGCCCGGAGAGUUACAUUCUGGGGCUGCUUCUUAUUCGAUAAGUGCUGGUCGAAUUACUUAGGACGACUUCCACAACUACCAAAGAAUUCCUAUAGCGUUCCCAAAUACGACGUUUUCCCGGAUGAGGAUGCGGAACCCUGGUGUCCCUAUACCGACUCUGGUUUCGACGAGUCGGUUAAGCAGCCGUCGCGAACUCGCACGAUCGGCCUGCAGUUAUCUAAAUUAUGUGAAAUAAGUAGCGACCUUCUCUUAUUCUUCUAUCAUCCGAAUCAUAUAGGACGGUCGAGCGGGAAGUCAGUCGAGCUGAAAAAACUAAGCGAACUGCAUCGUCGUCUUGAGGAUUGGCGAAAAGAAUUGCCUAAGGAACUCGAACCUAAGGAGGGCCAAUUGCCCAAUGUCAUUUUGAUGCACAUGUUCUUCCAUCUUCAAUAUAUCCACCUCUUCCGUCCUUUUCUCAAAUAUUCACCAGCUACGUCUCCCUUACCACCCCAUGUAUCUCCCCGGAGAAUAUGUACCGCGAAUGCGGGUGCUAUCUCCAAGUUGAUGAGACUAUAUAAAAAACUGUACAACUUACGCCAAAUCUGUAAUAUUGCGGUAUAUAUGUUACAUUCCGCUUGUACUAUCCACAUACUCAAUCUCCCUGAGAAGACCGCGAGGCGGGAUAUUAUUCACGGUGUGAAACAUCUUGAAGAGAUUGCAGAAGAUUGGCUCUGCGGGCGACGAACUCUUAGCAUAAUCAGUGUUCUCGCUCGUAAGUGGAACGUCGAGCUACCUGAAGAAGCUUCUCACGUUUUACAGCGUACGGACGAAAGAUGGGGCACAUUCAAGACGUCCGAUGUACCUUCACCUCGUUCACACAUGACCAUAUCUCCAUCACCACCAGCUGUCGCGAUGUCGCCACCGGGGAAAGUUGACCAUAGUCCUGCAAAUCACAAUACCCCUCCAACUUCAGUUCCAUCGCCAGUAGCUGCGCCGGCAUCAAAUGUCCCACCCGAGAUAAUGCAAAACUUGAAUUCAUCAUCAUCUAACUUCCAACCCGAUUCGCAAAUGCCCCAACCUAUGCUAGACAGCGUGGUUAUCAUGGGCAAUUCCGUACCUUUAGACACAGAUGGGCUAGGUAAUCCUGAAUGGCGUCAGCCUCCAGCCGCGCAGAAUGUUCUCAAUUAUCCACAAAAUUUCCCACCAGUUCAGAAUGGCACGAGCUCUAAUCAAGCGCCUCAAAACCCAAGGCGAAACCAGGUUCCGAAUUCCAUGUACGCCGUUGAUGGACAAGACUGGUACCUCAAGGAUGGCGUAAACUGGCAGUCCGGGUUCGAUACUUGGAAUAUGGGAAAUGGGUCAUCCGGCUCGACGAGUAUAUCGGACCCAUCCAUAUUCAUAUUCUCAUCGAAUCCACCUGCCAAUAACGCCGGGCGUUCUCUCGCUCCGAUGGAUUUCAACUUUGAGGGCCUUAAUAACUUAUCUUCAUCCAUGGAUGGAUGGGAUCUUCCGAAUCUGGAGUGA